GUAAGACAUCAUAAUGACCUAGUUUCCUAGAAGGCGAUUAAUUCACCGCCGAGUGGUUUCGACUACAAAUCUUCAUGUUCGAUGAACAAGAGCUGUCUUCAAGAUGCAGAGAACCUCGGAAGACGAUCAAGAGGGAGGUGAACUUUUCCUCUCCGCUCCUGUUACAUUCAUCGCUGUGGUAGCAAUUGACUUUGGCACAACGUUUAGUGGGUUUGCAUUUGCGUUCAAUAACAAAGAUGGAGAAAAAAGUAUCCACAUGAAUAAAGAAUGGGGAAGUGACCAAGGCUACUCCACUAUGAAGACACCUACAUGUUUGUUGCUCAAUCCAGACCAGAGUUUCAAUUCGUUUGGCUAUGAAGCCAAAGAUAAAUUUGCUGAUUUGGAGGAGGAGGAAGCUCGACAAUAUUUUUACUUUGAUUGCUUUAAAAUGAUUCUUCAUAACAAUGAGAGCUUGAAUAUGAACACCACUGUAGAGGCAGCGAAUGGCAAGCACAUGAGGGCCUUGGAUGUUUUUAAAUAUUCCAUAACAUAUCUUUACACACGCGCACUAGAGGUGAUUAAGGAGAGAACUGGUGACGAAGACUUCGGAGGAAAUGAUGUGCAAUGGGUCUUGACCGUCCCAGCAAUAUGGAAACCAGCGGCAAAACAAUUCAUGAGAGAGGCUGCUUAUCAAGCAGGGCUGGCACAUCCCUCCAACCCAGAGCAGAUACUGAUCGCUUUGGAGCCAGAGGCGGCCUCCGUCUACUGUAGAGAGCAAAAGGUGAGAGAGUUUGUUGCUGAGAGUGGUAGCAAUGAUGCCUCAGUUAAGGACACCAUCGCCCGACCAGAAACACAGUACAUGGUAAUUGACAUUGGAGGCGGAACUCUUGAUGUGACUGUUCAUGAACUUAUGGAAAACGGUGCAAUCCGAGAGCUUUAUAAAGCCACAGGAGGUAUGUUUGGAGGACAGAAUGUCAACAGACAGUUCAGGAUCCUUCUUGAACAAAUUUUCACCAAAUCCUUCCUUGAUAAUUAUGCCUGUCACAAUCCGGUGGAUUGGCUCUGUCUCAUGAAUGAUUUCGAAGUAAAGAAACGCGGAAAACGUAUCUGUGAAGGGGGGACAACACGAAUCCGGUUGCCUGGUAGUUUCUUGAGUAAAUUUCUCAGCCAGAGAGGUUGCGAUAUUAACACAGCCAUUCAGCAGCAUUACAGCCUGGAUGAAAUAAAAGUCCUUCGUAACGAGUACCUCUGCCUUGAACCAAAAGUCAUGAGGCAGCUGUUCAACCCAGUCUUGGAUGACAUCAUUUCCCACCUAUCCAACCUUCUCGCCAAACCAGAAUUGUCUGAGGUCAAGUUUGCAUUCCUCGUAGGCGGUUUUUCUGACUCAGCUGUUUUACAGGAAAGAAUCAAGGGGCAUUUUGGCCAUGCCUAUCGCAUCUUAAUACCGCACUGCGCAUCCCUUGCAGUUGUCCAAGGUGCUGUGAUGUUUGGACAGAAACCUAACACUUUCGAGUCCAGAAUAAUGGCUACCACCUAUGGCAUUCGUGUACAUAAGCUCUUCCUCGACGGGUUACAUCCUGAAUCGAAAAAGGAAAUAAUAGCUGGAAUCCCACGCUGUAAAGAUGUGUUUUUUAAGUUUGUUAAAGUCGAUGAAGUCGUUAAAGUUGGAGAAAAACGUCAAUUCACUGGUUUUGCACCCUUGACAGGCGAAGAGAAACAAGUGAAGCUCGAUUUCUACCAAUCAGAAUGUCCAGAUGUGGAGUUUGUUACAGAUCCUGAGGUGCGCAAGGCCCCCGGUCGUGGAUUAGUGAUUGAAACACCAGAGGCAUGGAAAACGAAAGAUAUUGAGAUACAUUUGCUCUUUGGUGGAACUGAGAUAAAGGUCACGGCUGUUAAUCGUACUAGCAACCGACAAUCCACGGUUCAUCUAGACUUUCUAGCCAGCAGUUAGUAGAUUUAGGCAUUUUUAAUUGAUCAACAGUUGUAAACAAUUGCAGAAGUUUGUGUCAGAGAAUGACUUUAGAAAUUAAAGUAUGGGUUUACCAGUGGUAACACUGGACCCUCCAAACCACCUGUAAAUUUUUCAUUUUACUUAAACAAAUGUUUCUUCCAUUAACCGAUGAAUUUUUGUGAUACGUAACAAAUGCGAUUGUUAUUCAUUUAUAUGUUGAUACGAAAAUUAGUACUACUUGCAAUUGUAAGCAGCAACAAAGGAUUUUAAAUUAUUCUUUCAGUCGAUAUCGAGUCUCGCUAUUAUCUCAAAAUUACUAUUCUAUAAAAAUGAUUGUGGAAGACUACAUUAGUAUUGAAUCGUUUUAGAUUUUAGGCGGAAGGUUUUAAGGUACUUACGUCGGUAUUUCGCUAGUAAAUAAUGAUCUUUAAUUUUGUCCCUACUCUUCUUGACAUUUAAAGGCAGCUUACUUAACUUGCAUAUCAAAACUGAGGCCAUAGACAUCUAGCUCGUAUAAAUUAAUGAUAAAUUAAGAUCCUUGCUGAUUGUAGGAUGAGCGAGUUAUCCUUCAUACUCAGUUCGCCUAGUUCAUCACAGCUAAAUUUUUAUGAAGCUGUCUACAUAACGAACUUUAAGUCAACAUUUGAUGAAAACCUCAAAGCUUCCAAACAAUAAGACCUAUUCUACUAGUUUCUUCAUUCUGUAAAAAUGCACAUUAUCUGUUAUAUUUAUUUUGUACUUAUCAUCCAUAGUAAAGAUACUACUAGUUUAACAUCCUUGUGACACUAAAGUGAUUAUGGCUCUGGAAUAGAGAAUCUCGCAUGAACUAAAAUUUAGUUUAGAUUGAUUUCCAUUCCCGGCUCGCCUUCUUCCUUUUAAACUCGAAAAUUUCAGUUGGUUCUG